UGGCUUGUGGCAGCAGCAGGCUCUGGCUGGUGUGAGCACUGGCUGGGGUGGCAGAAGGGAAGCUGGGCCCUCCACAGUAGCACUGCCCUGGUGUACCUGCCUCCUGCCCAGGGCUGUGUUGCCUUGCCAAGAGGACAGGGAAGAAAGUGGUGUACAUCUCCUGGGCUGUGCUGCCUCAGAAAGGUGGAUGCCCUGUUGCUUCCUGCUUCAGUGCUGGAGAUGGAGUGGUGCCUGGGACAGUCUUCCUGGGUGGCACAGAGCACUGUGCUCAAGCCCCUUUCUGUGGACGUGAGGUGUCUAAUGUGGAGCUCCCAUGGCAACUGUAGUGAGGCUAAUGCAGGGACAGCAUUAGCCUAGGGAAGCACUCAGGGUGUUUCCUGGGCUGUUUUCCAGGGCAGCUGAGAUGACUGCAGCCGCAUGCCAGGAACGGGUGGCAGAGGGCCCAGGCUGUCUGCCCUGCCCUGAGGGCUGGCACACAGCCAGAGUCAAGUGCUGCUCAUCCAGCAGCACAAGGUUGUGUGGGUGCCUGGGCUCCUUGACCUGCAGGGGAUGGCCAAUGCGGGCACAAUGGAGCAGUCUGGAGUGGCACAAGAGUGGUGAAAACCCUGUGUCAGGAGAACAAAAGGCACCUCAAUUGUGACAAGAGCUUGUUCUUCAUGCACUGGCAGCUCACCCUGGUGAGCAUCAGUGGCAGCCUGGGGCCUGGAGGGAGACAGGUGUGCUGACAGUACGUCUGGCUCAGGGGAACAGCCCCAGCCUCGGCCUCGCACCUGCAGAUUACUUGUGAGGGCUGGGUGGACAUCUACCCUCUGUUGUGCAGCAGCUCUUAACUCCUCAAAUCAACUGCUUCAGCCACAGGCUCUCUCUCAAGCUGUGAAAUGAAAUAGUGGUUUUUUUGCUGUGGCAUCCCCUCCCCCAGCACUGAAGCACCAAGCUUACUCUUCUUGCAGGAUGCCAGGCACCAGGAAACACCCACAGACCACACAGACUUGCUGGGCUGGGUAAUGUGGUGCUGAGCAGAGGCUCCCCAAGGUGCUCUCAAUUCUGUCCAUGAAUGGCUGUCACUGCGGCUUGUCUGGGAAGAAUCACAAUCUCUACACCAUCAAGUGAAGACAACAGGCCCUAGAAAGGCUCAGCACCCCAUGUCAGUUGCCUCUAGGAGAGCAAACCUUUGGUGGGGAAAAGGCCUCUCUGGGAAGAAAAGAAUGGGGUCACCAACACCCCAAUCUCCUUCAAGGGUUCUCUUGGGUUCAGGGGUGCUGUGGCCCUGACUCCCUCUGCCAGGACCCUGCUGCAGGCCUGAGCAUGGGAAAUUCUUACUGUCUUGGUCCAGAUGUCUUCAAUGCAUUUUCUUGGCUUAUCAGCUCCUUCUCACAGCACCCAGCUCACCAGUGAUGCUGGAGAGCAGCUGCCAGGCAGGCAGACUAGACACAGAACCUUCUGCUGGGGUGGCAGCAGCUGUGGGCCAGGAGCUGGGCAGAUGUGUGCCAUGCAGGGGGAUCCCUGCUGUCUUCCUCACUGCCCCCUCCUGAGUGGCUGGUUUGCUUUAAAGACCCUGGCUUCCUUUUAUUACUUCCCCUCUCAGAUUGCAGCCGGCUGCAAGGCUAUUUUUAGCAGCCCGCCUUCUAAAAAUAGCCCUGAGCUGUUUGUAGUUGCGUCACAAGAGGUAACUCUCUCCACGAGUGGCUUGGCCUCUGCACCCCAGGAGGAUACAAAAGGAGGCCAGGAGCAGAGGGGUCAGCAGGUUCAGCCACAGCCAGAAGCGAAGGAGGCAGCAGUUCAGGCCUGCCAGCUUCAGGCAUCGCAGCGCCAGCAGCAUGACCAUCUUCUGCAGCCACUGCCACCAGCCCCUGCAGGCAGAGAUGAGCUGCCUGCCCAGGAGGGGCAAGCAGGCGCCCAGGGCCUCAAGGCCAUUCAGGUCAACCAAGAGUGCUUCCAAGGCUCGCCGGGACCAGAUCAACGCGGAACUGCAGGCAUUGCGUUCCCUGCUGCCCAUCUCCGUGCGGGAGAAGGAGCGGCUCUCCUACCUCCAUACCAUGGCCCUGGUGUGCCUCCGGCUGCGGGGGGCUCAGCUGUUCCCUCCAGGCUCAGCUCCUCCUGCGCAACCGGCCCUCGGCACAGAGCUACUCUCCCUGCUCCCGGGGUUUCUGCUUGUGCUGUCGGCCAGUGGAAAGCUGGUCUACAUCUCGGAGAACGUGGCUCAGAUCCUGGGCCUCUCUGUGGUGGAGCUGCUCGCCCAGGGGGACACGGUCUUUGACAUCCUGGAUGGGCAGGGAUGUGAGGAUGUGUACAAGAAGCUCCUCCUCGCCCAGGAGGAACCUGGCAGGGAAGUCACUUUUGUCAGUGAGAUGUGCACGUCCAAGGCCUUCCGGCUGAAGCAUGGAGGGAAUCGGGUCGUGACAGUGUGUGGGCGCUUUGUGGCCUUGAGCUGGCCACCCUCACCCUCCACCACAGCCUUCCUGGCCCUCUGCUCGCCGGUCAUGCAGUCGCCUGCAGAUGGCGAAGCUGGUUCCCAGGAUGACAUAUUCCAGAGCACGCACAUCCUAGACAUGACGUUUAUUGAUGUCACGGAGAGUGUCACCUACCACCUUGGCUACCGCAGGGAGGAGCUGGUCGGUCAGUCCUGGUACAGCCUCCUGCACCCUGAGGAUGCUGAUCUGGCAGCUGCCCAGCACAGGGCCGUGGCGCUCGGGGCCGGCGCCGGGCCCGCCUCGGGGACCGCGGUGCUGCGGGUGCUGCGCCGGGACCGCGCCUGGGCCUGGCUGCGAGUGUGGGCGAGGCGGGACGGCGGGGGCCGCUGCAUCUCCUGCACCUGCACCUGCCUCAGGGAGGAGGAGGCGGCCCAUCUGCGCUCCCGGCAGCCCCGCGCCGCCGCCCCGCCGGCGGGCCCGGAGCUCAGCCGUCUCGCCGCGCAGCUCCGCGCCCUCGCCGACCGCCUCUCGCCGACCGCCUCUGCCCCGCCCGCGCCAAGACCCCCGCCCCUUCCCGAGGAAGGCGAUGCCGAUGCCUCUGACUGUCUUGGGAGCUCUCUACUGAACCCUCCCCAGUUCCUCCCCUCUCCUUUUAACUGGGGAGCGGUGAGAAAAUUGGAUGCAACAUUCCAAGUGUGCCCUCACAGGUGUCAAGUCUACAGAGACACUGACAUCCCUUGGUGUGCUGACUGUAUCUCUCCUAAUGCAGGCCACUGUGUGUAACUCCAUCUCCUUUCAGACAGUCACUGCUAAGAGCUUCAGCUGACGCAAUUGAAGGCGAUGGCAAACCCUUAUUUUAUACAGUUGGUGCUCGUGUUAGAAACCUUGGCCAGGCUGUGAUACAAUCCAGCAUCAAGAUGACUCAGUUCGGCAGUGCAGAGGGAUCUUGAUCUUGCACUUUACCAUUUAUUGGCGAAUUAGCUGGAUAUCACCAGAAUGCGUACAUGACCCGUUCCUCACAAAGGAACGAUUUCUGCUUUAAAAUGACGCCAAUAAAACCCGCUCCCCCACGUGA